CGGAGGCUCCGCUCUCGGGGAGUUUGUGGGGGAACAGCGAGCGGCGUAGCGGAUCCCAGAGCCCGGCCCCCGCCGCCUGCCCGUCCGGCUGCCUGCCCCGCCCGUCCGGCCCCCGCCGUCCGCCCGCCCCGGCCAGGCGCGCCCGCCCCCCCGACGGCCCCGCCCGGCCGCGGCCCCCGCUCCGCCCGCCCGGCCCCGGCCCCCAGGAGGAGGCGCUGACGCAGCAGCGUGGAGCCCGGGAAUUGAGCGCCCCCGGGGGGUUCCAGCCGCCGGAUUCCAGCCCGGCCGGGGCCUGCGGGCGCCCAGAGCCGCGCCGUCCGCGCCGCCGUCCCGAUUGGAGGUGCUCCAUGACACACACUCGGAGGAAGUCCCUUCCCAUGCUGAGUUCGGGCCCCCCUGGCCGCCAGGAGCCCCUGCAGGUGGAAGGCAGCAGUAUGGAUCAGGGGCCGGAGAGAGUUGAGCCCGGCGUGCCUGAGAGUCCAGGGCCCCUCACGGGGCGCCGCAAGAACUACCCUCUGCGCAAGCGCCCCUUGGUUCCCGAGAAGCCCAAGACCUGCAAAGUGCUGCUGACCCGCCUGGAGAAUGUCGCUGGGCCACGGAGUGCAGAUGAGGCCGACGAGCUGCCCCCUGACCUGCCGAAGCCGCCCAGUCCAACUCCCCCCGGGGAGGAGCCGGGCCUGGUCCAGCCCCGGAAGCGGCGCCUGGCCUCUCUCAACGCCGAGGCCCUCAACAACCUGCUGCUGGAGCGGGAGGACAGUGGGGGCCUGGCCAGCUCGCGCCGUGGCCGAGGAGGCGGGGAGCCCCCGCGCAGCCGGGAGCGGGACCGGGCCCCUGGGGGCUGGCCCUCCAAGAAGCGGCCCCGACCUGGGGACCUCGGAGAAGGCAGUCGGGACCUGUCCCCUGAGCCGGCGCCGGACGAAGGUGCCCGCCGAGAUGGGGACCCGGCUCCCAAGAGACUGGCGAGCCUGAACGCAGCGGCCUUCCUCAAGCUGAGCCAGGAGCGGGAGCUGCCUCUGAGGGCACCGCGCGCCCACCCGGAAGUGGAUGUGCGCGCCACUGAGCCCUCGGCACCAAAGGCCCCGAGACCCAAGUGGGCCAAGGUCAAUAGCAAGAACUAUCCGAAGGCCCGGCAGGGCUCCAGUGUCGGGGAGAGUGCAGGCCCACCAGGCUGGCAGGAACACCCUGAGGAGCCAUGGCCAUCAACCACCCCCCGUGGGCCCUCUGCCCAGCCACCUUCCCAGCCCCGGAGCAAGGCUCUGGAGAGCCCCUUGGGCCUGCGCCCCCACCUGCCCCAGCUGAUGGGAGGGCAGGCCGCCCUGAAGCCAGAGCCUGGGCGUCCGGGGGAGGAGUCACCUGCCCCUAAACAGGAACUGCACCAGCCCUCCUUCCCUGCCCCCCAGCUGUCCCCCCUGCCCAUGCCUGGCAACCCUGCCGACUACAGAGGCCUGUGUGAGCGGCCGGAGCUCACGGCGCUCGGCAACCUCUACCUGUACUGCGGCCGAGACGGGCUCCAGUGUGGGGGCUACUCCUCCUGCCCCAUGCUCCCUGAGGGCAAGCUGUCCCCGGUGGCUGCACCUAGCGAGGGGCUUCUCCUGGCCCCUAGCUCCGUGCCCACGGGGAGCCCUUUCCAGCACCCUCCCUGGGGCGCUCGCUACUGCUCCAGCGAAGACACUGGAGUGAAUGGCUACGGCCUCUGUGAAAUGUUGUCCUCGUCGCUUUCCCACAUCAGCACUACCUGUGUCGGCUGCCCCUACAAAAUGCCUUUUGCUGCAGAAGGCUGCAGGUCUCUGGGCCAGCUGGAAUUUCCUCUCCCGGAAGCUGGCCACCCGGCCUCACCUGCCCACCCCUUCCUGGGAUGCCCUGUACCCAGCGUGCCACCUGCAGCAGAGCCUGUCCCCCAUCUUCAGACGCCCACCUCCGAGCCCCAGUCUGUUGCCCGUGCGUGCCCACAGAGCGCCAAGCCUCCCAGUGGCUCCAAGUCGGGCCUGCGCACCGGCCCCAGUUGUCGGCACACUGUGAGGAGCAAGGCCGCCCGCAGGCCCAGCCACCCCAAGCAGCCGCGCGUCCAGCGCCCACGCCCCCGGCGCCGCCGGCGCCGCCGCACUAACGGCUGGGUGCCCGUCGGGGCUGCCUGCGAGAAGGCGGUCUAUGUUUUGGAUGAACCGGAACCAGCCAUCCGAAAGAGCUACCAGGCGGUGGAGCGGCGUGGAGAGACCAUCCGAGUUCGGGACACUGUCCUCCUCAAGUCGGGGCCACGGAAGACAUCCACUCCUUAUGUGGCCAAGAUCUCCGCCCUCUGGGAGAACCCCGAAUCAGGAGAGCUGAUGAUGAGUCUCCUGUGGUAUUACCGACCUGAGCACUUACAGGGAGGCCGCAGCCCCAGCAUGCACGAGCCUUUGCAGAAUGAAGUCUUUGCAUCGCGACAUCAGGACCAGAAUAGCGUAGCCUGCAUUGAGGAGAAGUGCUACGUGCUGACCUUUGCCGAGUACUGCAGAUUCUGUGCCAUGGCCAAGCGCCGAGGCGAGGGCCUGCCCAGCCGCAAGACAGCACUGGUGCCCCCCUCUGCGGACUACUCCACCCCACCUCACCGCACGGUGCCCGAGGACACAGACCCUGAGCUGGUGUUUCUUUGCCGCCAUGUCUAUGACUUCCGCCAUGGCCGCAUCCUCAAGAACCCCCAGUAGCCUCCUCACGCCCUUGGGGGGGGGGCUGCCCACGGGCAGGUGGGGCUCAGGGCAGGAGGCACUGCUUGAAGCACAGCACUUGGUUCAGGGGCCAUGGGAGCCUGCGUUUGC